AUGAUCACAGAGACUAAAAAUGAAGUAGGCUAUGCUGAAGCUUUGCUUGAAGACGACAGUAUUGUUGCAAAUCCAGACAGGUCUUUGAAACUAAAGUUCAUUACUAUUCCUCAAUUUUAUCACCCAUACACUCAAGUUGUGUUUGCUGGAUGCACCAACUUUCUCUCGGUUGGAAUGUUCAAUGUUUUGAUAUCUCUUGGAGGAAGCGGACAGGUUGACGCUACCACUGCUUCCAAUUCCAAUACGGUUCUUUAUGCUCUUUUUGCUGCUUUGGCACUCUUUGGUGGAUCUAUCGUCAACCGGUUUGGCGCCAAGAUCACAUUGGCUUUUGGAGCUCUUGGAUAUGCUGUUUAUGGUGCAUCUUUUUGGGUUUUUAAUAAUGUUCCAAAGGGUAAUGUUUCCAGAACUGGAGGUAUAGUAGCCGUCUAUAUUGGCGGGGUUUGUUGUGGACUUGGUGCUGCAACUCUCUGGGUAGCGUGUGGGACGGUGAUGUCUGCUUAUGCCACGGAAAACCAAAAAGGUCGAUUUGUUUCCAUCUUUUUUUCGUUAUCGUUUUUGGGAAGUGUUAUAGGCGGAAUCAUUCCGGUGGCCCAAAAUUACAGCAAUACUACUGCCAGUAACGUUAGUGAUGGAACAUACAUCGCUAUCACCAUCUUGAUGAUCAUUGGCUUUUUUAGCGGGUUUCUAGUGGCCGAUCCUCAACAUAUCAUCAGAAGCGAUGGAACCAGAGUUCUCAAUUUCCAAGCAAAAUUCUUUCAAAGAAGAAAUUAA